AUGUAUCCGCCAAUGCAGAAUGACGGUCCAUCAAGUCCAAAGAUGAGCGCUCUACGAUCUCGGAUGCAACAGCAUGCGCAAACAUUAGCAGCCACACAAUCUGAAGACGGAGGACAACGGUUACCAUUGAGGCCAGAAUCACGAGCCACAGUCGCUAUGCUUGCUCCAGCUGUUCACAUCAUGCAUCAGGUCUGGAAGGGUAUGGCAUGGGUGACGGAUGGGAUUGAAGAAGAAGACGAGGAUAACCAAGGAAUCGACAGGGCAGAGCAAGGUCUUGGAGAUCCAUCUAGCAGCAGCAGCAGCAGUAGAGGAGCUACUGUGAAACGGUUGUCAACUAUCGCUGAAUCUAGCUCGAAUGCACGAGAAAUACUACAAGAUCUUAUGGAAGAAAUGAGCAGCGAAUAUAGCUCCAAAAACGAUGUCACUCUGUAA